GUUAUUGAUGAGCCGGCGCGCUACAAUCUUCCCCCGGGGAUUCUGCUCAAUGGUCGUCACAAUAAGUAUGGAGUUAGCUGGGCUCAUCAGUAUCAUUGUCUAAGGAUGCUCCGGGACGAAUUUUGGGCCCAUGUCGAGAAUCGCAGCACGCUGGUCGGCCUCACCUUGAACGACGACCCGACUAUCCCUGACGUCGUAAAGCUAACACAUCUUGAUCAUUGUCACGGGUAUCUGCUUCAAGCAAUACUGUGCAACAUGGAUAUGACCAUUGAGUACCCUACCGGUCUUGGGGUUAGUCAUGGUACUAUCGACGGAGCUGGAAUCGCUCAUACUUGUACUAAACGGGUGAGUUUCCCUCUGCUGAUUGGCUUCGAUUAUACUGACAACUCGCAGAAAAGCCUUGAUGAGUAUAUGGCGGCGCAUUGGCCCGCUGAAGAUGAUUUGGAGGAUACUUCAAACUUCCAUCCUGGUACACAUUCUCAUGGCAAUGGCCAUAAGCGAUAA